AUGGCGUCCACCCCACCGCCACCGUCUCCGUCAGCUUUGAGGGUUCCGGCUGCGCCGCGCCAUGGUGCUGGAUAUGACACUUUCGAGCCCUAUGCCACCCGAUACUCAGCUAGACUAGCCAACCAGCGUGCUUCGAGAUCAAAGGAAGCGCCUGUUACCAAUUGCCCAAGCUCGCCUGGCAAAGCCCGAUCGAAGGCGCCACCAAGAAAGUAUCAAAAAGUGGAAGAAGCAACUUUAUCACCACCAGGCAGUUACUCAAAGUCAAGGGACAUUGUACAAACCUCCCAUGCUAGUACCUCCAAAAGCCGCGCUAGUGAUGUGAGAUAUAAUGAACCCAACUCUCAACUCUCUCGCCCUCAAACUUCGGCUACGCGCUCUGGAACUAACGCGCUUCCCACCCCCGCGAAGACUCCAUCAAAGAAGAAGGUUACUGCCGAUCUUUCAUCAACUGCUCGCACUUUAUUUCCACCAACUGCCAAAAUGUCGAAACCAAAGGUGCCACGCUCACUUGACCCUUUCGAUGACCCUUUCAACGCGACAAAUGGCCGUGAGAGUAUCAAGAUCCAUACCGACUCUCGCGACCGUAUUCCUAUGCCCCAUAGCACUCCAUCAAUGCAUAACCCAUUCAGUGGGGGCUUUGAUUCUUCAAUCCGAGAUCGAUUCACUGGAGGUUCUGACUCCACCAGUGACUAUUCUACCCGUAUUGACGAUCCCAUGUUUUGUCCCACGCGUGAGCUAUUUCGUCUGGACCGCGAUGACCAGUUGACCUAUAACUUCCGUGGCAAAAGAAUCACGAAACACUUUGACGAGGAGGAGGAUGAAGAAGAUGACCCCAGCGAUCUGGGCCUGUUCGCUGGUCGUGAGCACUUGCUGCCUGAUCCUUCUGUGCUACAGAAUAUCAAGCCCCUUCGUCGCAAGGAUGUUGUACCUCGCUUGCUCUGGCCUGAGGGUGGGGGUCCGAUUCCUGCGCCUAGGAAAAUGGCUGAACCCGAGCCUGCUGAUGAAUCAAUUGCCGAAGAUGAAGCUACAGACCAUGAGGAUCUGAUGGAUGAUUCUAAGGCCCAUGCUAUCAAUUCCCCGCAACCUGAGCUCCCUCCUUCCCCUAGAGCUAUUCGCAAGCUGCGCUCUUCUGCUCGCUAUGAUCACGAUAACGAUGAAUCUCCUACUGCAAAGAAGGGGACAGCUUCUAACCAGAAGCGCACUCCCUUCAACAACUGGCUGCGCAAGAAGAGGAGCACCGAGGAACAACCCGCUGUCACUCCUACGAAGCGUGAGGCUGAGGAUGAAGGUGGAAGCCUCCCAGGUCCUAAGAGAACCCGUGCUACUACUCGCAACACUCAAAGUGCAUAA